UAUAAAUAAAGUUCGUCAUAUUGUGUUUUACUUUUCGUCGUUUAUAUUAUUAAUUUUCUUUUGAAUUUUGUGAUUUGAUAAAAAAUAAUAAAAAACGUGACUAAUGCACUGUUCCAUGGAGCGUAGCAUAUCAGCUGGUGGCACUACUAACGCUUCAGGCCAAACAACAACAAUGGCUUCUGCGGCUACAACAAAUUCUAAAGAUGGUGUCACAAUGCGGGAGAAAAAAGGUGGCGCCCUGCAAAAGCUCAAAAAGAGACUUUCACACAGUUUUGGAAGAUUAACAAUAUCCCGAGAAGAUAAUGAUGAUACACACCAUCAUCACCACCAUCAUCAUCAUCGAGGUGGUCACAAUCACGGUAAUAAAGUUCCCUACAAUGGUUACAAUUCCGAAGAGUAUUUGGAUAGACUGGAACCAAAUGGUAAUAUACCAACAGAUAAAACAAAUUGCAGAUAUGGAGGUCCUGAAACUGCAAAAAAUGAAAAAUCAAAAGACUGGCGUAGCACAGAUAGCACCGAUCACCAUGAUCGUGUCCAAAGACAGUUGUCCGUUUCGUCCGAUAGUAAAUUGUUAGAUGAUGAUAUUAGAGAGGAGACACGCGUCAUAAUGCGUCCCAAGAAACCACCCAGACCUAAAUCCGAAGUCUUUCUUAAUAAACAAGAUCCUCAUCCGCGUCGUAAACGUUUCAGUGCAUUUGGUGGUGAUUCACCGUUCGGUAAACAGGAUGCCUACGUUAAAUUGGAACCUUUAGGAGAGGGUUCAUAUGCCACAGUGUACAGGGGUUUUAGCAAACUAACUUAUCAACGUGUUGCUUUAAAGGAAAUCAGACUGCAGGAAGAAGAAGGUGCACCAUUUACAGCGAUACGUGAAGCCUCCCUACUAAAAGAACUGAAACACUCAAAUAUUGUAACACUACAUGAUAUUGUGCAUACGAGGGAAACACUAACAUUUGUAUUUGAAUAUGUGAAUACGGAUUUAUCUCAAUAUAUGGAAAAACAUCCAGGCGGCCUGGAUCAACGUAAUGUUAGAUUAUUUUUAUUUCAACUUUUGCGUGGCCUCUCCUACUGCCAUAAACGACGUGUUUUACAUCGUGAUGUCAAACCUCAGAAUCUAUUGAUCAGCGAUUGUGGUGAAUUGAAAUUGGCCGAUUUUGGUUUAGCGCGAGCAAAAAGUGUACCCAGUCAUACAUAUUCACAUGAAGUGGUUACGUUAUGGUACCGUCCACCUGAUGUCCUGCUUGGUAGUACAGAAUAUUCCACAUCAUUAGAUAUGUGGGGUGUGGGUUGUAUAUUUGUUGAAAUGGUAACUGGUAUGCCAACAUUCCCCGGUAUACGUGAUACGUACGAUCAAUUGGAUAAAAUCUUCAAACUCCUGGGCACGCCAACCGAAGAAACGUGGCCUGGGUGUACACAUUUUCCUGGUUAUAAACCACAUAAAUUAGGUUUUUAUCGUCCUCGCAAAUUAGGUCACAAUUUUCCUAGACUAUAUGACAUUGUGGAAGGUGAAACGAUAGCGAAUGCUUUCCUCCAAUUGAAUCCUGACUCAAGAAUAGGGGCCGAAGACGCGUUACAUCAUACAUAUUUUGCCCAAUUACCAAAAAAACUAUAUGAAUUGCCUGAUGAAACCUCCAUAUUUACGGUUGAAGGUGUGCAUUUGUAUCCGGAGCCCAAUAGACAGAGUAAAUGAAAAUUAAAGCAAGUCCUAUCAGUGGAUGGUGUACGUUUCUACUGUUAGCAGUAACAAUUAAAUACUACAACACCAACAACUACAACAUUAUUAACUAAAACAACAUAAACUACUACUACAACAACAACAAAACAGCCAUAAAUGAUAUCUUAACAUUAAAAACCAACAACAACAAAAAACACACACUAUAUAAUUUAAUUUUAAAUGUAAAACAUAAAUAAAAAAUAAUAAUUUUAUAUUA